AUGGAUGUGCAGCAAAUGGAUGAUUUUAUCACGGCCCCAGAAGAGGUGGGCUACGCGCUGCUGGAAAGUUGCAAGGCUCCGUCCUCGCUGUGCGAGUAUGGGGGCAAGGUGCAGCCUGUGGGCAAAUAUGAGAUUCAAGACUUUCAAAAUAGCCCUCCACAGGACCCGUUUGAACUGACUUCGUCGUCUCCAAACUCACGAGCUUCUGACAGCUCUUUGCCGGUUGAGUAUCUAGAGGAGCACGCCGAGCAUCAAGAGACCACCAAUCAAUCUGAAGAUGAGAUGAACUACUUCCUUCCGCCUCUUGAGCAACCAUGGACGGAAUAUCUGGAUAAGUCCGUCAAUGCUCCCUACCGAUACGUUGCAUCAUUACCUGGCAAGGACUUCCGAGGCAAGAUCCUGGCCGCGUGCAAUGUUUGGCUUCAGAUUGACAAGCACUCGCUGGCAACAAUUGAGAGAGUUGUUACUAUGCUUCACAACGCUUCUCUUCUAAUCGACGACAUUCAAGACGGAUCGACCCUACGGCGAGGAUCACCAGCGGCUCAUGAAGUAUAUGGAGUUGCCGCGACAAUCAACAGCGGAAACUACGUCUACUUCGAAGCCCAGUCACAGCUCCUUUCUCUGCCCCAAUCGCUGAAACUCAUCACCAUCUUCAACGAAGAACUGGUCAACUUGCACCGGGGCCAAGGAAUGGACAUCUACUGGAGAGAUACCUUCUCUGUCCCUACGGAAGCCGAAUAUCUGCACAUGAUCUCCAACAAAACAGGCGGCCUGUUCCGUCUGGCAAUCCGCCUGAUGAUGGCAGUCAGUGAAUCAGACCUUGAUUUGCUCGAGUUUACCAACGUCCUGGGCCUCCUAUUCCAGAUCCAAGAUGACUACAAGAAUCUGACUUCGGACAAUAUGGAGGCAGCCAAAGGCUUCUGCGAGGAUCUCACCGAGGGGAAGUUCUCCUACCCCAUUAUUCACGCCAUUCACAGCGGCCGGGAUGUCCACAGUGAGAUUCUCAAAAUCCUGCGACUCAGGACAGAUAAGGACUACCUCAAGCGCCACGUGGUGUCGUUAAUGGCCAAUAUCACGGGGAGUCUGGCUUAUACCGAGCACGCAAUAAGGGCACUGCAUGCUUACGCCAUAAAGCUGUUGGGAACUAUUCAGCCCGAUAAUCCGCUGAUGAGGGAUAUCCUGGAUACCCUUGUUUGA